GGAGCUAGAUUACAAUAUAAAUAGCAGUUCAUAUGAGCGUGCGCAUACAUACAUGUGCUCCGCUCUGCUGUCAAGUGUCUGAGGUCACCACCUCCCAUUGCAAUAUUGCACGAGUGCACCAAACAGCCAUGAUGCUUCUCGACAUCUCUAGCUAUCUAUGAAGAUCUUCUUCUUUUCACAAGAGAGCUAGCUGCCAGCCACGUACCAGGAAAAUAGAUGCUAGCAAUGGUCCACCAGCAUCAGGAGGUGUCGUGCGUUCCGCCGGGGUUCAGGUUCCACCCAACGGAGGAGGAGCUGGUGGGGUACUACUUGGCCCAGAAGGUGGCCGCCCAGAAGAUCGACCUCGACAUCAUCCCGGAGGUGGAUCUCUACCGGAUAGAGCCAUGGGACCUCCAAGAGAGGUGCGGCGGCGGCAGGGGUGGAGGCGGAGGACAGCCGGAUCAGCAGGACCAGUCGUCGUCGGGGUGGUACUUCUUCAGCUUCAAGGACCGCAAGUACCCCAGCGGCACGCGCACCAACCGCGCCACAGCGGCCGGGUUCUGGAAGGCCACCGGCAGGGACAAGCCGGUGAUGUCGUCGCGGAGCCGUGGCGUGAUCGGCAUGAGGAAGACGCUCGUCUUCUACAGGGGGCGGGCACCCAACGGUAGGAAAACCGACUGGAUCAUCCAUGAGUACCGCCUCCAGACAAGCGAGCACGCGCCCACACAGGAGGAAGGUUGGGUGGUGUGCCGGGCGUUCCAGAAGCCGACCCCAAACCAGAGGCCAUCCUACAUCUUCCCCGCAUACUCCGCGGCUCCAGGUCUUGGUGACUACUACGACGCGCGGUCCUUGCUGCACGACCAAGGCGGCGGCUUCGGCUUCCCCGGCCAGGGUGCCCAGCACUCCUCCUAUGACCCACUGGAUAGCAAGCAGAGCAUCUUCAGCAACAUCCCGCAGCUCAUCGAGAGCCCGCCGACAACCACCGCCGUUGCUGGUUGCGGCGACGCUGGCUAUGACGUCGUCCAGCAGGGACAGGCCGCAACCGGCAUCGACUGGAACUUUCUGGACAGCUUGCUGUGAACGUUGCUGCUCGACGACUCAGCAGCUAGUGCCGCGCCGCUUCGCAGCUUCAGCUUCCCCCGUGAGGUGGAACGAGAGGCCCUUGGUCUUCCACGUUCACUAGAAGUACAUCAGCGCAAGUUGUAGCAAAUGAACCAUUGGUGUCCGUCAGCCAUGGUGCAUGUGAGCUUCCACUAGCGCGGUCUUCCAUCGUGUCACGUACAUUUGCUUCUGACCCCUUCAUUUGUUGGUCAUGUAAAUAUAAAGGAACCUAGGUGUAACAUCCCCGAACA